CGUUCACACGCACACGCUAGCUCCCUCCCUCACACCCACACAUUUUGACAGAUGAGUGUGUGAAGCGCACUUCGCUUGUCUCAAAGUCGUCCUAACCUCUCCAACAAACUGGACGUGACUCCGAACAGUUGCGUGUCUAACGUUGUGUGCGUGCGCGUAGAUGCCCUCGUACACGUACGCGUGCGCGUCGCACCCGGCGCGCGUGCUGCGGCGCCUGGACGAGCUGCGGCUGCGCGGUGCCUUUUGUGACGUCACCGUCCAGGUGGACGGUCGCCGUUUCCACGCCCAUCGCGCCGUCCUGGCCUCGUGCAGCGACUACUUCGCCGGGAGGCUCCACCGCGAGCAGGACGACGGCGAUGACGUCACGCUGCCACCCGAGGUGAGAGCUGCGCGAGUGACCGUGGGCGGGUUCGAGCCCCUGCUGACAUUUGCCUACACAUCCGAGCUGCUCUUCAGCAAACAUGACAUCCUGGAAAUUCGCCAGGCAGCAUCUACGCUGGGCUUCCGCGACCUGGACCAGACCUGCUUUGACUUCCUGCUACCCAAAUUCAACUCGGGUUCACCGCUUCUACCAUCACAGAGGAAGAGGUGCUGUAUGAAGAAGAAGAAGAGCGAGGAGGAUGACGCGCAACACAAAGUCGUGAAACCAGUGCCGAGGGAAUCGACUUCGCCCAGCUGCCCGGAGGGGAAUGACAGGAGGAGCGCAUCAUUUUGGUGUGUUGGGGGUGCAAGAGGCCCCAAGUAUCGGAAGUUCCAACUGGCUUGUGGGAAAGAGACACCUCAGAAACAUUGCGGAUGGAACAAGGGCGUUGGGGGAGAACAACAAGGACCAGGAAUCUGUGGUGAUGCCGGUCUAACAACUGAAAUUCACAGAUGUCGGGAUGCAACGGAGCUUCCAGGUUAUUGUGGCAGCAAAGGUGACAAUCUGGAAAAGUGUCCCAAAUCCAAAUCUGGCUCUUUUGAUCAGCGCACUGUCUUAGAAGACGGAGAACAAGGACCACGAACAAGGUUCUCAGGUGUUACAGAGCCAAUACAAAGUCCCAGAAGACAAACGGAGCGCAAAGACAUAGAGCAGCUUCCAGGAAAUGGUGCCGAUGUGAAUCCCGUGUCUGACUCAAUCCACUCUCAUCCGGACACCAUCACAAAAGAUGGAGAACAAGGAUUAGAGACAAGGUUCUCUGGUGGUCUCAAGCUGGUUCCAGUUGCCACCUGGAAACAUGAGGGUCCUGGAAGCAUAACAGAACACAAGAAUGUAGAGGAAAUUUCAGGAAUUGACUCCAACAAGGAUCCCACACCCCACUCAGUGCCAUCCAAUCAGAAAACUAUCACAGAAGAGCGAGAACGAGGACCAAUAACAAGGUUUUCUGUUUGUCCUGAUUUGGUAGCAGGUGAAGCUCCUGGAUGUGAGGACGGAGGAGAGUUUGCAGCCAAUAGUACCAAUGCGAGUCCCAGCUGCCCACUUCUCAGGACACCAUCACAAAAAGAUGCAGACCAAGGACCAGGGACAAGGUUCCCAACUGGUCCUGACCUUGAGCCAGGUGAACUUCGAAAAGAUGAAGGCCCUGAAAGACCAAUGGGUAGUAAGGAUGUGGACAGGAAUCUCAGGUCCAAUUCUAGCCCCUCACAUUCAAAAACUUCGACCGAAGAUGGAGAAAAAGGACAAGGAACAAAGUUCUCUGCUGCUUUCACUCCGGUAGCAGGUGCCAUUCAGAAAGCUGAAGCUCGCAGACACAAGAACAGAUUGAAGUAUCUUCAUUCUGAUCUUUCGCAAAAAAACCCUAUCACAGAAGAUGAUGAAAAUGGCUCAGGAACAAGGUUCUCUCAUCAGCACAAGCUUUUUCCAGAUGCCACCCGGAAAGAUGAAGUUCUCAAAAGACUAACGGGUCUUAAUGACCUAGCCAAGAUUUCAGGAUAUGGCACCAGCUUGCAACCCAUGUCCGACUUCGACCCUUCUCAUCAACACACUAUCUCAGUCAAAGAACAAGGACCAGGAACAAGCUCUGCUGGAUGUCUUGAUCGGGUAACAAGUUCCACCUGGAAAUUUGAAGGUCCUGGAACACUAACGGGAUGCAAGGAUCUGGAUAUGUGUCCGAGGUCUGACUCAGACCUCUUUCAUCAGGAGACCAUCUCCGAAGAUGGUAAACAAAGACUAGGAACAAAAUUAGUCCAUGCCACCAGGAAAGUUGAAGGUCCUGGAAGUCUAUGUGAGGAUGAAGCAGAUCUUCCAGGAAACAGCACCGGCGACGACGUGAGCACAUGUUCCAGGUCUGACUGUGCCCAAUUUGAUCAGAACAUCACAGAGCAAGAAGAAAAAGGACCAGGAACACAGUUCUCUUGUGGUCCCGAUCUGGUCCUAGGUGUCACACUGAAAAAUUAUCCUCCAGGGAGCAACGAGGGAACGGCUGACUCCGGGUCUGACUCAGCGGGCCCCUCUCAUCAAAACUGGCUCAAGUGCCUCUCCCUGGUACAGAAUCAGGACUUGGAGCGCGGAGGACCACCGUGGAAAGGAGGCCCACUGUCUGAGAGCGAGGGAGCGUCCCAGUCAGGACUAUCAUCCCUCAACUCGGGUGAGGACGGUGACUCAGAGACAGACGGCGAGGGCGAAUGGUGUCCCAGAGAGCGGGCCAGACAGGUCGAUCUCCCGUUCUCUGUGGACCACGCCGUGCGUCUGAAUCACGUGGACCUGCAGAAUCUGCUGAGUCAGCAUGCACUGACACGCCAACAAUUGGAAUUGAUCAACGACGUCCGACGGCGCAGCAAGAACAGGCUGGCCGCGCAACGCUGUCGCAAGAGGAAGCUGGAGUGCAUCGCGAACCUGCAGGAGGAAAUCAACAAACUGAAGUGCGAGCGUGAAAAGCUUCUAGUGGAGCAGAACUAUCUUCGUCACCUGAAGACCACCACAUGCCUCAGCGUCAGGACGCUCACUCAGCGCGUCUGUAGCGAGGCCCGCGACCUCGGGCCAGACCAGCUGCGACUCCUCGACCCCCAAUCCCUCCUCGCGUCACACCUCGACACCUUACUCUUGACCCCUACCUCAGCUUCCUCAACAACAGCUGGGUCUGAAGGACAUUUGGAGGACAUUUAGAGGCACGGAGGCCUUAUGCAAAUUUCUAGUCUUUUCUUUUCUCAUUUUUCUAUUUUUGUAUGCUAAUAAGUUCCUGAACCAUGUUUCGUAGAUGCCAACACCUGCAUCUAUAUUUGUACGAGUAGGCACCAUUUUGUUUCUUUGGUGCUCGAAGACCACAUUUUAUUUUUAAAAUGCACAAGUCAUUGCCGUACAGAGAUGUGGUAAAAAGUAAGUAAAUUAAUAAAUAAAUGGGUAUGUCUCAUAUUUUA